AUGAGUGACCGUAUGGCGCACGCCGGACCAGGGCUCUGUACUCCCCCGCCGGAAAUCGGACCACACGGAAACGGGACGCACAAUAACCGGACUCUGUGCCUGAACGCGUCGGAUGCGCAUGCAGCUGGAAACAGAAGCUUGGUGGCGAACAGCAGCGGCGAUCCGUUUGGUCGUAAUGAGGAAGUGGCCAAGCUGGAGAUCACGGUGUUGAGCUUGACCUUUCUGGCCGCGGUGGCGGGUAACGUGAGCGUGCUGCUGGCCGUGCGCAACGCAGCCAAGAAGAGCUCGCGUGUGCACCUGUUUAUCAAACAUCUGAGCCUCGCCGACCUGGUGGUGGCCUUCUUCCAGGUUCUGCCGCAGCUCUGCUGGGAGAUCACUUUUCGCUUCUACGGACCCGACUUCUUGUGCCGCGUGGUGAAGCACCUGCAAGUGCUCGGCAUGUUCGCCUCCACCUACAUGCUGGUGAUGCUCACGGUGGACCGCUACAUCGCCAUUUGCCACCCGUUACGGAGCUUGCAGGGUGCCACGCGCCGCGCGCGCCUCAUGAUCGCCUGCACGUGGCUGUGCAGUGUGGUGCUGAGCACCCCUCAGUACUUCAUCUUCUCUCUCAGCGAGAUUGAAAAAGGCUCUGACGUGUACGACUGUUGGGGUCACUUCAUCGAGCCGUGGGGCGUGCGCGCCUACAUCACCUGGAUCACCGUGGGCAUCUUUCUCAUCCCGGUCGCCGUGCUCGUCAUGUGCUACGGAUUUAUUUGCCGCAGCAUCUGGAAGAACGUCAAGUGCAAGACGAAGAGCAGCACGGCGCACGGCACGAACGCGCUGAUCGGCAAGGCGUCGGUGAGCAGCGUGAGCACCAUCUCCCGGGCCAAACUCCGCACCGUCAAAAUGACCUUUGUCAUCGUUCUCGCCUACAUCGUGUGCUGGGCUCCGUUCUUCAUCGUGCAGAUGUGGUCCGUGUGGGAUGAGAACUUCUCCUGGGACGAUUCAGAGAAUACUGCGGUGACCCUGUCGGCACUGCUUGCCAGUCUGAACAGCUGCUGCAACCCGUGGAUCUACAUGCUAUUCGGUGGUCACCUCCUUUACGACUUCCUGCGCUGCUUCCCAUGUUGUCGGAAGCUCAGGAACAGCAUCCGUAACGACUCGGACAGCAGCCUGAGGAGAAAUACGCUGCUUAGUAAACUACCUGCUGCCUGCACUCCCACAAAUGCCUCGGACUCAUGGAGGGACUCGCAAAAGACCAGCCAGUCUGUAAUACAAGACUGUUCCAAAGUCAACCAGGAUGGCCCUGCGGACUCAGACAAGAGUAGCCAAAGCACAGACAAUGUGAACAAACACAGUCAUACCAACCUGGCUCAAGUCCAAGAUAAAGACAGCUGAAGACUUUUUAGUGCCACUUUUGUCCACUCAUUUAAAUGUUUACAUUUGCUUGCUGCUCCUAUGUGCAAUUGUCUAAUGAUCCAGUCAUGUGGCAGCAGUGCAAUGAAUAAAAACAUGCAGACAAAAGAAGUCUUUAUUUUUGUCACAUAUACAUUACAGUACAUAGUCUCCUGGUGGUCCAGUAGAAGGAUCCCAUGCUCUUGAUGCCACAGCCCGGGUUCGAUUCCUGGGCAUGGAGCUAACCCAGCCACUCCCAGUGCUGGUCCCAAGACCAGAUAAAAUGAGAGGGUUGUGUCAAGAAGGGUAUCCGGCAUAAAAUCUGUGCCAAAUCACAGAUCACCACAGACAUGAGGACAAGAUGAUCAGCUUUGGUGACAGAGAACAGGGAGCAUCUGAAAGAACAGCAACAACAUAUGCUUUGCACAGUGAAAUUCUUUCCUCUGCAUAUCUCAGCUUUGAAAGUUAGGGUCAGAGCGCAGGGUCAGCCAUGAUACAGCACUCCUGGUGCAGAGAGGUUUAAGGGUCUUGCUCAAGGGCCCAACAGUGACAGCUUAUAGGUCAGGAGCUUUAGUUAGCAUUUAUAUCAAUCAUCAUUCUAAAAAAACUUGUGAUUUCAAUAACUGUGACUGUGUCUAUUCAGGCUUGUGCAGUUUUGGUGAGUCUAUGCCAGCUGGAUCCUCAGAUUCCUUGGCUUCUUGUAUUUCAAGAGUGAAACAUGAUGUGAUUUUCUCCUGUUGUAGCUCAUCCAUCUAAAGGAAAAAGCACGCGUUGAGCAUUUUUAAGAAGCUUUUCUUCUCACAAUGGUUGUAAAUAGCAGUGAUUUGCAUUACUUUAGCUUUUCUGUCAGCUCAAACCAAUCUAGCCAAUCUCCUCUGACCUCUCUCAAAUAACGAGUCAUUUCCGGAUCAUGUUUGGUUCUCAGACUGUAAACUCUAGAGACUGUUGUAGAUAAAUAACCCCAGUAGACCAGCAGUUACUGAAAUGCUCAAUAUCGCGUGGCACCAACAACCAUGUCACUGUCAAAGUCACUGAGAUCACAUUUUUUUUCUCCAUUCUGAGGUUUGUGACCAUUUGAACAUUAAGUGAAAAGCUCUUGACUUGGAUCUGUAUGAUUCUCUGCAAUACACUGCUACUGCACGACUGGAAGAUUGGACAACCGCACCAAUGAGCAGGGGUAGAGUUUUUCAUAAUAAAGUGUUUGUUGAGUGUAUUUUACAACAGGAAUUGCAGUACAUGGUGACAGAUACAUUGAAACAUUUGCUGAAUAAGUGAUGUAACUACCUAAAACUACCGAUGUCACUACUUUACAGGAAUGCCUGUUACACAUAUUGUAAUGCCUAGAUAAACUGCUUGAAAAAAAUGACAUGAUGAAUGUAUGUUCCAGUCUAUCCAUAUUUGUUUAUCUUUUAAUUGUUUUUAAAUUGAUUUGUUUAUUUGAAUAUUGACAUAACAGUAACUAUAAACUGCAAAAUGACUAACAAUGUCUUUUGUAUUUUUGGAAAUGAACAUGUGCAAAGCAUCUGGAUGUAAUGUAACCUCUGCUUAGGAAUGGCCAGUGCAUUUUGCCAAAUGUGGCCGAAAAACAAAUCAGAACUUUUAUUAUUAACUUUUAUUUAAGAAUUGUUGUUCACUUGUCCUUAGAUUUUGUACAAAUGUCAUGUAUGUAAAUGUUUGCACGGGUUGUUUUUAAGGUUGCCUUUCAUUAGGGAACUGUGACUAAAUGUAUUGUGACUCCAUUUAAAUUCUAUAAAUACUU